UUUCUCCGAUGCAACAUAUUACCAAGGACUUGGACAAACAUGCUUUAUUUCAGUCUUAAAUUAGUUAGAUUGCUGUCCAAACUCCCAAAAAACCGUUAACUUUCCAAUGCCAACCAACACACUCACUUCCCGCCAAGUGGCUGUGAUCGGCGCCGGAGCCGCCGGCCUUGUCACUGCCCGUGAGCUUCGGCGAGAGGGUCACAAAGUUGUAGUCUUUGAACGAGAAUCUCAAAUUGGUGGCACCUGGGUGUACAAUCCCAUGGUUGAACAAGACCCCUUGAGCCUUGAUCCUAACCGAUCCAUAAUUCAUUCCAGCCUUUACAAAUCCUUACGCACCAAUCUCGCUAGAGAAUUGAUGGGUUUCAAGGAUUACCCGUUUCUACCAAAAAUUGAUGGAAUUAGAGAACCCAGAAGGUUUCCGGGUCAUAAGGAAGUGUUGUUGUAUUUGCAAGACUUUGUGAGGGAGUUUGAGAUUGAGGAGAUGGUCAGAUUUGAUACUGAAGUGGUUUAUGCUGGCUUAAUUGAGGAUAGUAAUAAGUGGAGAGUGAGAUUUAGACAGAAAAAUUCUGAUUUUGAUGAGGAGAUUUUUGAUGCUGUUGUUGUUUGUAAUGGCCAUUUCACUGAACCUCAAGUUGCUGAUAUUCCAGACAUCAGUUCUUGGCCGGGGAAGCAAAUUCACUGUCACAAUUAUCGUGUUCCUGAGCAAUUCAAAGAUAAAGUCGUAAUUUUGAUUGGGCGUUCGGCAAGUUCUAUUGAUCUAUCUAGGGAAGUUGCCGGGGUUGCAAAAGAGGUUCAUGUUGUCUCAAGAGGGAUUGCUGAUGAAACAUAUGAAAGACAAGCUGGAUAUGAUAAUAUGUGGCUUCAUUCUAUGAUAAAAAGCUGUCACAAAGACGGGUCGGUGGCUUUUCAAAAUGGGAGAGUUGUCCAUGCCGAUAUCAUUCUUCAUUGCACGGGAUACAAAUAUCACUUCCCUUUCCUGGAAACCAAAGGCAUUGUGACUGUGGAUGAUAAUCGUGUCGGACCGCUAUACAAGCAUAUUUUCCCACCCGUGUUGGCUCCCUGGCUUUCUUUUGUGGGGAUGCCAUUUAAGGUUAUGCCUUUUCCAUUGUUUGAAUAUCAAAGCAAGUGGAUUGCUGGUGUUUUGUCGGGUCGAAUUGAGCUUCCGUCACUACACAAGAUGAUGGAAGAUGUUGAAGCUUUCUACUUGUUACUUGAAGCUUCAAAAACUCCUAAAAGAAAAACUCAUGAGAUGAUGCAUUCUCAGUUUGAGUAUUGCAACUGGCUUGCUGCUGAAUGUGGAUGUGAAGCAGUGGAAGAAUGGAAAAAGCAGAUGUUCUUAGCAAAUAUGGAAAAUGUACUUCAACGACCCGACACGUAUCGUGAUCAAUGGGUAGAUGAGCAGUUGAUCUUGCAAGCUAUUGAUCACUUUGCCAAUAAUACUUCAGAAGAGAAUGGUGAUCUAGCUACUGUUUACGGUUUAAACACAAAUUCGACACGAUGAAUCCGAGCUAUAACUGGCCGAUUUCAUCGCAUUUGAUUAGAGAAAUGGAAUAAUAUCCCUCAUUACAAGUAUAAUUGUGCUUUUUUCUGUUGCUUUACUUCUGUGUCUUGAUAAUGAAGCAGAACAUAAGAAAUAAAAGAAACUGAUUGUUUAA